AUGAUUCAGCUCCGAGAUGGAUUCAAUGGGCUCAGUGAAAAUCUUCAAUUAUUUGCCUCUUGGUUCGACCUUGUAGGGUCGGCGAUUAAAGAUACCGCGCCUCGAUUACGGGAAUACUCCUCGUUCCAAGUUUCACUUACGGAGCGAGUACAAGAAGGCACAUUGCUUGCUCAGGUGGUAAAGGAGCUUGGUCAAGUAUCUUAUGACUCUGAUAAUCUGGUGUUAGCGGUUGAAGAGGUUGCGACUGUAUGUGAAUUUGUCAAUCUUCACUUUCUACACAAGGGUUUCUGGCGACAGGAGAACGAUCUCAGCUCUCUGCAGAUUCUAGGCCCUGCGACAUAUCUCCUACUUUCAAUGUCGCGCUUUGAAUCAACUGAUCCUAGUUGCUUUCUGUUUGUUCAUGAGAUGACUAGAGUCGCUCUACUGAUACUUUUGGCAGGUCUGAAGCAGGCCUAUGAGCUGGCCGCACCUGAGAUGGAUUUGCUUCAGAGCAAGCUCUAUGCCCUCGUAACAACGGGAAGUCUACGAGAUGGAGACUUUUACUUGCUUCCUAGGCUUCAAAUUUGGGCUCUAGUCACUGCUUCUUUAUUCCAAGUGCCGGAACAUCAAAUUAAUAGAUACACGAAAGAGAUAUACAAACGAAUGCUAGCAUGCGGCUUUCAUGAUGGCGCCAGUGUGCUCAAAGACUCUGCGAACAUUCUAUGGAUUGCACGCCUCGCUGAUGCAGCAAUCUGCGAAGUUUUAGCGUUCAAUAUUGAUCAAGUUCAGUCUCCACCGGCAUGA